AUGAUGACUUCCUAUCUUCCGGCAGAUUUAGAAGAAGAAAUACUAUCUAGGGUUCCAGCCACAUCUCUGAUGCGAUGGAGAUCUAUUUGCAGACGAUGGAACACUUUAUUCUUCGAAGACCAAAGAUUCUCCGAGAAGCACUUUCGUAACGCUCCAAAGCAGCCUCUUGUUCUCAUGUUGACAGAAUAUAGGCUUUUUUUUGCGAGCGUAGAUCUGAAGUUUGUUCCUCCUUCGAUAGAAUUUAGUGAUGCACUUAGCCUAAAAAAUUAUUAUGUUUCGAGAGAUGCCCAUAUAGACACAGUUUCUCACUGCGAUGGUUUGUUGUUAUGCGCCACCGAGAGCGAACUCGUGGUUUGGAAUCCUUGUUCAGGGCAAACAAGGUGGAUCAGAGACCACGAUGGUAGCAGGUGGUUCCGUGGAGGGUCUUUGUUUAUGUUGGGAUACGAAAACAACCAAUCUUGCCGCAGCUAUAAAAUUUUGAAGUUUUACCAUAUAAUAAACUACGACGUCGACGUCCAAUAUGAAAGAUUUAAAAUCUAUGAUUUCAACUCUAAUAUGUGGAGAUUUCUUGAUGCUCGUAUUAAUCCUCGUAACUGCAUCAGUAACGAGUCUCAUGGUGUGACUUUGAAUGGAAAUGCUUACUGGAUUUCUUCUCACAACGAAGAGGGCGGCGACUUACUCAGUUUUGAUUUUACGAGAGAGAGAUUUAGACGUUAUCGUUUUCCUCUCACAUUUAGGCGUUGUCAUUAUCGGGCUCUGUCAGUUGUUAGAGAAGAACUCUCAGUGUUACGUUGGGUUGAUUCAAAUAUGGAGAUGUGGGUGACCAAUAACAUGGAUACUUGUGAAGCAGAUUUGUCAUGGACCAAAUCCUUUACAAUGGACUUUGUCUUAAAUAUUUAUACGAGUGUUUUAAUCGACGAAGAUAAGAAAGUGGCCUUGUGUGAUUCACCUUGUGAGGAAGUUGCAUUCACUAUUGGAGAGGAAGAUGAGUAUUACUCAGAAGUCCCUUUUGAAGGAGCGCGUUCUAGACAUGAACAUAUUUUUAAUUAUGUUCCAAGUUUGGUUCAGUUCCCCCAGCAAAGUAUUGAACCAGAUGGUUUUGGUAAAUGGCAUCAUAGAAGAUGGUGGGGUCAUAGGGUACGACGUUGUAAUGGAGGGUUGGAUUAUGACACCCGGUAUUCAGAAGAGACUGAUGAUGACAUGAUGUCCGAAUCAGAUGACGAAUGGGACUGGCGGGAGAUAGAGUGCACUGAUUUUAGCAAUAGCAGUCGUCGUGGAAACCGAGGUCGUGGGUGGACGAAGACGAGGUGUGCUACCUUAUAA